CCUAUACAUUCCCAACGAAAGUAUGUCGAGCUAUUUUGAUAAGCCACAGUUUGAAGAACUGAAAGAACGUAUGGAUCGAAUCGAAGAGAGACUGGAAGAUCACUAUACAGACCUGAAUCAGCGCAUGACUCGGAUCGAUCUAGCUCUCCAAAAGAUAAUGGACCAUCUGCAUGUGGGUAGUGAUCAAGACCAGGCUCACGCUGCACGCACAGCUCCCGCGUUGACAAAGACCGAGGCAGCGCCCACCGAAACUGCCCAUGUCGUACUAGACGGGCCGUACCCUUACACCGCUCUGGAUCCGACCAAAUCCCAGAUACGAAUUCUAGAGCUGUACUCGGCGCCCAGCUCUGCGGACACGCUUUUUGCGUCUCUAAAGACUAUAGACUUAGCAGAGCCACCUGUCACAUUUACAGCAUUGUCGUAUUGUUGGGGUCCUCCAAUCAUGGAUCACUUCAUCGUUGUAGACAAUUACCAAGUCCCAAUUACAAAAAGCCUUGAUUCAGCGCUGCGAUACCUCAGAGACUUCUACACCGAUGGCAUAUCCGUGUGGGAAAAGUACCUCUGGAUUGAUCAAUUGUGCAUCAACCAAAGCGAUCUUGACGAGAGAAGUAGUCAGGUCUCGCUCAUGAGGCGCAUAUACAAAAAAGCCGAAAAUGUCCAUGUCUGGCUUGGCGACGAGUCAGACACCAGUUCGAAAGCAAUUGAUUUGCUGACCAUCCUGGGGGCGCCACCGGAGAAUGCUCCUGGAGAGGCGAUUCAAUAUCUUUCACUUAGCGAGGCUGACGUUAAGCUUAAUUGGAUAGCUCUUGGCUCAUUUUUCACACGGCCGUGGUUCGAGCGAGUGUGGAUAAGACAAGAGAUUGCUCUCCACGAAAAGGUCUUGCUCUCAUGCGGCAACAAAACUCUCGACAUAGCUGUGCUCGAGCCUGCAUUACUCAUGAUCGAUCAUGUCAAAAGCAUGGGAUAUGACAGUGCUUCUUUGAGUACAGGGCAUACAUAUAAACCUGGACAACUUCCCUGGGACUACCACCCUUCGAAGUUGAUACAGUU